UUAGUGCUUUAAACUCGCAGUUCAGCUGGAUCACAGGUUUAGUCAGCUUUCGAGGUAUUAAAGGAACGUUGUAAACAGGCCAAGUGGAAGAAUUCAGCUUAUUCAGGUUACAUCAUGGCUUUGAGUUUGUACCUAGGCUUUGCCCUGUCAUUUGCAUUGUUGGCAGUGGUAACAGUUGAGAUGAUGGUGGGUGCUCCACAAGCUUCUGAUCCUAAUACCGAAGGAGUUAACAACGCUACCAACUUUGCCCUGGAACAGUAUAAUCUCAUGUCAAAUGAUGCGCGGAGCUACAAACUAAUAGAUUUAAUAGCAGUUAAAACCCAGGUUGUUGCUGGAGUAAACUACUAUUUGACUAUGAAAAUUGGUGCAACAAAUUGCCGAAAAAAUUCUGAAAAUCUAGAGGCCUGUGAACUGGCUCAAAAUGAUGAAGCUCAGACACGGAUAUGCACAUUUCAAGUUUAUAGCAUUCCAUGGAAAAAUACGAUGUCUCUUGAGGACUCCAACUGCGAGGCAGUGUGAAACCAAAAGACUGUGCCCAGAGCUGGGAACGAAAUAUUGCUUGCAAUGAAGAAACUCCAGCUCAGUGUUUUUAUGUCUUAUUAGAAAGAAAAACUGUCCUGAAAAUCCAUGGGAUGGUUCUCUAGGAUAAAAUUACUCUGAACAGGAAUGGCUGCCCAGUCUUUCGCAUUUUCUGUCUGUUGUAUUUGUGGGAACUUGCACAGCCAUUCAAAUUAAAAUCUACCUAAUACAUCAAUAAAUCACAGAAAUAUUUGAGA